AAACAAUAUGGCGGAGUUAUUUAUUUCUAAUUAUUAUAUAUAACUUUUACGAACAGUUUAAGCGACUGUACGAUAAUAACUAGUGCAAUAGUUCAAAUAUAAAUCAAAUACCAAGGAUAGAAUAACUGGGGUCAUAUAUUAAUCCGGGAUUAUCUCUUAAUGACGUUAGACGUGUGUCCAAAAAUUUGUCGGUGUUGGUCGCGGCCUGUUGGUUGCAUUAAAAUUAAUAGGCCUAUCUAUAGGUUUGUCAAUAAGAAAUAGGUUUGGCUUCAUUAUUGUUUAUUAUCUUAAACAGUAUGGCGGCUGCAUACCAAUUUCUUUCGAAUCCAGCUAAAUUACCAAAGCAGUGGCAGCCACGUCUCCACGAGUGGAAUCCAUACCACUGUAGUUCACCAGAUGUUGCUCAUGCAGGGUGGAGGAAGUGGUCUGCUGAACACCCUGAUUGGUAUGCCAGAAGAGAUUCAUCUCAACACCCAGACUGGUACAACAGGCGUAGAGACACUGUACGACGGGUUGAUUAUAAAAAUACCAACUGGCACUACGAAAGACCAUCCAAACCGACAAGUCGAACGCAUGACGAUUUCGUACCAUAUCAACCAGAUGUUCAGAUGAAGGAUGUCCUCAAACCCAUUCCCCAAAACAAAAGCUUUCAAGGGGCUAGAACGUAUCCAAAACCGUUCCCACAAGAGAUACCAACACCGAAGUGGGGCAUGCACCACCCCCAUCAUUAUGAAGAUCCUGUGAGACUCGAUAAUUUCCCUCCUAUUAGAUAUAAUUAAGUUUGUUUUUAAAUUUUGACGUGUUUGUUCUUACUAUUAUGUUACAAAAGUUCUAGCAAAUAAACAGUGUUCCUGAGAUAGUGAUUUCACUGGUAUCUUCAGUAGAAUACACAAGGGAUGCUGCAUCCAUUAUAAUAUAAAAUACUCUACUAGGCUUUUGAUUCUAAUACUGGCAUAAUCUAUACAAUUGAAAAGUCUAGGUCACUGGUGUCCGGCAAUAUUGACAAAAUUUGUAGACACGAGU